ACCAGCGGGCAGCCAGCGGGUCAGUUGCUGGUAACAAUUUGCAGAACGAUUCCACGGUGAUCGUUGCAUCGUCGUCAAUUAGUGAAAUCAGUAACCAAGCUUUUAAAAUAAAGGAAAACCUCCUACUCCGCUAUACAAACGCUGGACCAAGCCUGCAAAUUAUUGCCAGCAACUGGAACGCUGGCUGCCCACUGGCAUUUGUUCAACUACUUAAAAAUUCACUUUGUCAACAAACCUUCACACACAUCAAGCGGCUCAUCUGGAUGAAAUGAAUGAGUUGGAAAUGGCGCAGCUUAUCAUACGCCAGUUGUCGGAUAAGGCCAAUGUAAACCAAGGCGGCAAUCGUAUAGAAACCUUGACGUAGACGCAAUUUAUGUACGAGGAACAGAUUAGAGACUUACAAUCUAUGGUGCAGGAAUUUAUGAUGGUCACAAAAUAUAUUGGCAAAAACAUAGCAAGUGCAUAUGCCAAGUUGGAAAAAUUGAUAAUGCUGGCCAAAGAGAAGAGUCUUUUUGAUGAUCGACCGCAAGAGAUUCAAGAAUUGACUUACAUCAUGGUGUAUGCGUUACAAUCUAAAUUAGCCAGCAUGGGCACCGACUUCAAACAGUUGUAUACUGUCGUACUGUUGUAUUUCAGAAACUUUAAACGACUAAAGCUAUAUAUAAGGAAUUCGCAAGCUAACAUAAAAGUUUUAUUAUGAAAUUUCACACAAUUAAAAAAUUUUUGGUGGUGAUUUAUGCAACCUCACAAACGCGUUUUAAACGACGACUUGCAAAGGGCGCUAUGUAAAAUUUGUUCGAUUUUUAGUUUUCGAUGGAUUACGUACCAGUAUUUAAAGUAGUUUCAUGUCCAGU